UCUUCUCCUUGGGACAUCCGCAAUGACCCCACUUUCUUCACCUUUUAUUUCUAAAUUUCUACACAAAAUUUGCUUUUUGUCAAAACCCAUUGAAUCCUGGGUAUAAAUAGACCCAAACACAUGCAACAAACUACUCCUUAAUACAAGCACAUUAAACUACCCCUACCUUUCUUGUUCCACACUUUCACUACCCCUUCUUCGACUCAACUCAACUCAAAUCACGCCCAUGGAAACCCAACUUGACUACAAAGCCAAAAGAGCAAACCCCACUUCCCCGACCAGCUUAAAGCUCUUUGGCUUCAGCGUCCAUGAAGACAUCACCAUGGAAGAGGAAGACGAGGUGGUCAUUCAUGAUGACGUGGAAGACUCAACCACCAAGGCCUCUUCCACUUCCCCAUCUGCCUCGCCGGACUCCGCCGGUGUCGGUUCCGGACCUCCGUCCUCCGGCGACCGGAAAUACGAGUGCCAAUACUGCUGCCGAGAGUUCGCAAAUUCACAAGCACUUGGUGGACACCAGAACGCGCACAAAAAAGAGCGUCAGCAAUUGAAGCGUGCACAAUUACAGGCCACGCGAAACGCCGCCGUUUCCUUUGCGCGUAACCCCAUGAUCUCCGCCUUCGCCCCGCCGCCGCACCUACUGGCUCCUCCGGGUUCCAUGGUGGUCCCGGCAGCCCCGUGGGUGUACGUGCCGCCACGUGCCGCGCCUCCUCCCUUCCACGUGUCAGUAUCGCACGGCUGUGCCUUCCCGUCGGCGAAUGGCCACAACGGGUUGAGUAGUAAUAACAGUAGCAACGUUACCAUAACGGGUGUGAAAGCCGCGGGUGCAGGGAUGUUUCCCUAUGUUGGCGUUGUAGGUGAUUCGCAAUUAGCUUUGUCAACGGUGCAGGUGCAGGCCCGGGCCCACCACGCUACGGUUGAUGGGCCCUCUUUGAGUAGGUUCUCCAAAGGGGAUGGUGGGCCCAAAUUUGAUGAUGCAUGGGGCUUAGACUUGCACCUUAGCCUUGCGCCAGCUGCGCCGUGACUUCUCGGCUCGGCUCGGCUUAAAAUUCAGUGAGUGUAACCGUCUCUUUGUUCAGGCUUGACGCGCCGUUUAAGGGCAUAUAUAUAUUGGCUGUUUCAGCUUCGUAUAUUGUACAUUUUCAUAUUUAAUUGCUAUUUUUUCACGUAAAUUAUUUCACUUAGUACACAUUACAAUUGCUCAUA